CUGUGGUCGGACUGACCUGAUCAUUUCUGUACACUUGUUUGUUGUUCUUUGAUCGUCAUUUUCACAAUGACAGACAUCUUUGUGUACUCUUGUCUUCUUUCUGCUCUGAGUAUUGUGGAGAUGAAGCCUCUCAUCAUUGGUGGCCGUGUUGGGGAAAAUGUGACAUUCAGAUGCUCAGAGUGGAAUACUUGGAUGAAUGUAGAAUCUAAUGAUAAAUACUUUUGUAAUAGUCCAUGCACAGAAGACAAACACAUUAUCAUCAAAGCAGCAUUUGGAGAGACUAAACAUAAAAACAGAAUAAAGUUGACUAACAGAGCAAAAGGUUUAGUUGUAACCUUCAGUAAUCUCCAAAAGUCAGACUCUAAGACAUAUUAUUGUGGAGUGGUGAGAUUUGCCCGUGAUUCAUUUAUAAUGGUGAAUCUUAAAGUUACAGAUGCUGAGUCUUCAAGUCCCAAGACAACCCCUGAAACAGUCAUUGAUGGUUCUACUCCCUCAUUUGCUGUAUCAAACAGCUCCCAUGAGUCUUUAAGCAGCUCAGAAAUGAUAACUGAUAUGGCUAGAUCAUACAUGACAACAACACCUACUGCAUCAGCAACACAAGGAGCCGGAAGUGUACCAUAUUUGAUCAUAGGUGUCAUUGUCAUAAUAACCAUACUGAUGGUCUUACUGAAGCUUAUGAGGAAGAUGAGAAUGAAACAACUGAAAUUUGUGUCAAGUGCUGAUACACCAAAGGAAGACGUACCAGAAGAGGUUGAAUGUGAUGAAAUCAGACCUGAGGAAUGGACUGACCCAGACUUUCUCUAUGCUAAUUAUUCCUUCCACCAAGAAUCUGCAGCUGAGAGUGGUAAAACCUAUUCAGAAGGUGUUUCUUUAAAUUCAACUUCCAGGUUUUAUGUCAUUUCAAGGGGGUCGUGUGCAGAGAGCAGAGUCACAGAUACCCGAUGUAACUCUGUUGUGUACUCUGUUGUUCAACUUCCCAAAGAGCAAACUUGGCAAUCUGAACCAAAUCAAUCUGAAAGCAACUAAAAUGACUCCAUCUAUUCCCUGGCUCGCUGACACAGGCAACCAAAAGGAGGCUGCCGUGGUCAAAAUGAACUUUCUUGAUCAAGUCAGGACAGUGAAGAAAAGGAA